ACAUUCGCGAAGAAUCACCAGCACAAGUGCUAUCGACAUUUUACAAUAAGUGCCAAUUUAUAGUUUUGAAGGAAGUGCUCCUGUCUUAUUCAGAGUAAUCAGUGUUUGGAGAUGCAGAGAAUGAGGAUUAUUGUGGGAGCUAUUCUAGGAUUUUCUGUGCUGUGUGAGAGUUCUCCGCUGAUGUCGAAUAGACGCCCACCGAUAAGUCGCGAUUCUGGAGUUACCACUCUGAUGCUUCCCAGCAAUGCCACAUCUAUCCGAGCAGACAUUUCUGAAGGAUUCUCUUGCGAGAACAGAGAUUAUGGAUACUAUGCCGAUGUGGCCAAUGAAUGCCAGAUCUUCCAUGUAUGUCUUCCUGUGAUGUUCAAUCAACGAAAAUCCCGAACUUACCAGUGGAGCUUUAUCUGCCCAGAAGAGACUGUCUUCAGUCAGGAUUGUUUCACGUGUAUGAGAGCUGAAGAUAUGGCCAUCAGAUGUGAUGAGAGUGAAAAGUUCUACAAUCUCAAUAGCAAUUUUGGAGGAAUGAUGAUGGAUGGAGAUGAUAUGGGACAAUACAGGGAAGUUACAUCAACCACGAGAUCAGAGACCACAACAUUUCAGACCACGACGGUUUUUGCAGAUGAUCCCAUGACGACUGAAGAGGAAUUCUCCACGGAGGAUGAUAUGAAAGUGGAUCGAAAGACUGAAGUGAUCACUCAAGAAGUGGCCACUGAAGCGACCCCAGAGUCUGAACCACCUGAGAGUGUGAUGCAGGAGAGUGAGAAUGUGAUCAAGACCAUUGAGAAUAUUGUUGAGAAGGCAGCAAGAGAUCUCGAAAGGGUAAACGCUACAACACCUCUGACCCGGACAAAGAGAAAAGGUCAGAGACGAAGAUUUCUGUUUGCGGCUGAUGCCUGAUUGGCAUGUUUUGUUAUAGAGUGUGUAAAACUCUGUGAAAUACAAUUUUCUCACCACAUCCACAUUGUUUUACCUUUCACGCACUUUUUCUUUCUUACAUCAUAAGACCUUUAUUAUAAGCAAUUAAAGUCAAAAUAGCAUACUAUUACCUACAUUCGCCUCUACAAAGUGCCACCAAAAUUAUUAAUAUUUAGAGACUAGUUCUUUGCACGCAAGAUAAUCACAAUUAUAUAGAUGAAAAGAUGCUGCUCUCUCUCUCACUGUAUAACAUCAUACAAAUAAAAAUUAUUUACACA